CUCACAUUUGUGACGUUCUACACAUCAGAGACUGUCGGUUGAUAUUUAUUGUCCGAGGCAGGGGUACAAUUUUCAUCAGGUUAAGGACCCCAGGAUGUUGCGUCUGCGUUGCAAAACCAAAAAUGGGAGCCACAUAAUGCAGGGCCUGACGCAUCAGUCCUGUGUGCAGGAGCUGAAGAGCAAGGUAGAGGAGCUGACUGGUAUCCCCUGUGAUGUACAGAAGAUCAUGGUCGGUUACCCUCCCUCUAGCUUGGACCUCCGAAACGGAGAUGCUCACCUCAAGGACUACCCCAUCAAAUCAGGAGACACUCUCAUUGUUGAGGAGGAAGAGAAGAACAAGAUGAAGACCCAGACAACCAAUUCAGCUGUAACUAAGGGACCCCGCCUGGAGUCUCCCCCUGUGCUGGCCAGAAGGGUCGUUCCAGCAGACAACUCCUGCCUGUUCACCAGUGUCUCCUAUGUGGUGGAGGGCGGGGUAUACGACCUAGCGUGUGCCCCCGAGAUGCGAAGCCUCAUCGCCCAGAUCGUGUCGAGUGACCCAACGGCUUACUCUGAGGCAGUUUUGGGAAAGACCAACGAGGAGUACUGCACCUGGAUCCGACGUGACGACACCUGGGGCGGAGCUAUAGAGGUGUCCAUCCUGUCCAAAUUCUACCAGUGUGAGAUCUGUGUAGUUGACACGCAGACAGUGCGUGUGGAUAGAUUUGGUGAGGACGCUGGCUACCACAAACGUGUGCUGCUCAUCUACGACGGCAUCCACUACGACCCACUGCAGAAAGAAACGCCUGGUUCCGACACUCCGCCCCAGACCAUCUUCUCCACCACAGAUGACAUCAUCCUGGCCCAGGCCCUGGAGCUAGCGGACGAGGCGCGAAGGAAGCGGCAGUUUACGGACAUCAACCGCUUUGCCUUGCGCUGCAUGGUGUGUCAGACAGGCCUAGUAGGACAGAAGGAGGCCCGGGAACAUGCCAAGGAGACGGGCCACACCAACUUUGGAGAGGUGUAAGUCAGAGCACUCCUCCUCCUCUCACACCCCCCCACCUUACCUCACAACCACCACCCCCAUGCCGUCACAUCUGUGUCUGUACGAUCCUCUACCUCACUUGGUCCAGCGAGAUUCUGCAGACCCUGAGUUCUGUCUUACCCGUUCAGUAUUACUACUACAGCUGUUAGCUCACAGGCUAAUCUACUGUAAGGUUCUGAUCUCAUACAAAAUAUCCUCUACAAUUGUUUUAGGUAAAUUUUUAAACUCAGUUUUGAGUCUUCACACUAAACUCAAAACACAGUGGGUGAUUGUUUGUUGAAGUCUUGUUGCUCAGUAAUGUAGCGUUUGUGGACACUAAUGGAGCAGAAAACUUUCUUAAUACCAAAAUUGUAGAUGCCUGGAAAUGCCUUGCUUUUUCAGUUCUGACUUGUGGCACAACCGGCAUGGCUCGAUAGUACUACAACAGAAAUCUUUUUCCAGGGCCAUUGUGACAAGAUACAUGUUUGAUUUCACACAUCAAUGAAAAUAUUAAUUAAAAUGUUUUUGUUUGUGCCUCACUAGUACUUGGAAAAACAGUGAUAACUGUUGCAAAAUAUCAAAUAUAAACCCAGUCAGUCACUUGGUAGAGAAGCUGUUAUUUUAUAUUGGCAAUGCAUUUAAUAUUUGUAAUAGCAGAGUUUAGCUAGAUUCUUUAUAGGUCAAUACAACCCUAAAUUAUCCAACAAUGGUGCUCUGACAACUGUAUAAGCUAUUGUGUAAGCUAUUACUGAAUUUAUUUUGAUAUUUUCUGCAUUGUGGGUUGUCAGGUGUUUGGAUUGAAAUAUAGCUCUGCAUUCAUCUUGAUGUGGAACAUUAACAUUUCAUGCAAUUAUUAUCAUGCCAUGGCACUCUAGCAUCAAAAGGCCAUGGCAUUACCCACAGUGGGAUUGGUUUUUUAUUAUAUUUAUUUGUGUCUAUUUUGUUGUAAUUUGAAUUAUGGUAUUUUGUAUUACAGAGAAUCGAUAAGAAUGCUACAUGCUUAUUUUCAUUUUAAUCUUAAAAUGAUUAGACAGACUUACAAUCUAUAUCAUUCAGUCUGUGAUGAAUCAUUAUAUAUUUGUAGUUCAGGUACUGCACACAAUGUGCUUUGCUUUUCAACAUUCUCUUCAUGAUAGUGUUUUUCUUUUUCAUUUCCCAUUAGCCUCUCAUUCACACCCUGGAGGUCUUGUUAGACUAAUGUGAGGACCACCAAAUGAUGUCAUAGUUGUAAUGUUGAUCUAUAACCAUGUUUCCAUCCAGUUUUUAUGCAAGAUAAGUCAUACCAUAUUUAAAAAAUAAAAAAAAACCCA